CCGGGCGCAGCGGGGCGGCGAGUUCCGGGCGGCGGCGCGGCGCGCGGUCCCCUCCCGCCUCCUCCCGCGCCCCAGCUGUGCCAGCUGCGCCGGAGCCCCGAGAGUCGCCAUCACCGCGCAGGAGCCAGCAGCGCCCCCGGCCUCAGCCCCUCUGCUUUUACCCUGUCCGAAGUUAACAUGUCUCUGCAAAAGGAGCCCAGAGUAAACACCUCUGCACUGCAGAAAAUCGCUGCUGACAUGAGCAAUUUGAUUGAAAAUCUAGACACGCGGGAGCUCCAUUUCGAGGGAGAGGAGGUAGAAUGUGAUGUGUCUCCCAGUGACCCCAAGACUCAGGAAGUGUGUAUCCCUUUCUCCGCUAUUUAUAACACUCAAGGAUUUAAGGAGCCUAACAUUCAGACGUAUCUCUCCGGCUGUCCAAUAAAAGCACAAGUCCUGGAAGUGGAGCGCUUCACAACAAGGGUACCAAGUAUCAACUUGUACACUAUUGAAUUAACACAUGGGGAGUUUAAGUGGCAAGUUAAGAGGAAAUUUAAGCACUUUCAAGAAUUUCACAGAGAGCUGCUCAAGUACAAAGCCUUUAUCCGAAUCCCCAUUCCCACCAGAAGACACACAUUCAGGAGACAAAAUGUCAAAGGGGAGGAGCCCCAAGAGAUGCCCAGUUUGCCCCGGUCAUCUGAAAACAGGAUUCGGGAAGAACAGUUCUUUGGCAGAAGGAAACAACUGGAAGAUUACUUGACAAAAAUACUAAAAAUGCCCAUGUAUAGAAACUAUCAUGCCACAACAGAAUUCCUUGAUAUAAGCCAGCUGUCUUUCAUCCGAGAUUUGGGACCAAAGGGCCUAGAAGGUAUGAUCAUGAAAAGAUCUGGGGGACACAGAGUACCAGGCUUGAAUUGCUGUGGUCAGGGAAGAGCCUGCUACCGGUGGUCAAAAAGGUGGCUAAUUGUGAAAGAUUCCUUUUUACUGUACAUGAAGCCAGACAGCGGUGCCAUUGCCUUUGUCCUGCUGGUAGAUAAAGAAUUCAGAAUUAAGGUGGGGAAGAAAGAGACAGAGACGAAAUACGGUCUUCGAAUUGAUAAUCUUUCAAGGACACUUAUUUUAAAAUGCAACAGUUACAGACAUGCUCGGUGGUGGGGAGGGGCUAUAGAAGAAUUCAUCCAGAAACACGGCACCAACUUCCUCAAAGAUCACCGAUUUGGAUCCUAUGCUGCUAUCCAGGAGGACACUCUGGCUAAGUGGUAUGUUAAUGCCAAAGGAUAUUUUGAAGACGUGGCGAAUGCCAUAGAAGAGGCAGAAGAAGAGAUUUUCAUCACAGAUUGGUGGUUAAGUCCAGAGAUCUUCCUGAAACGCCCAGUGGUUGAAGGAAAUCGUUGGCGGUUGGACUGCAUUCUUAAACGAAAAGCACAGCAGGGUGUGCGUAUCUUCGUCAUGCUAUACAAGGAGGUGGAGCUCGCACUGGGGAUCAACAGUGAGUACAGCAAGAAGACACUGAUGCGGCUGCACCCCAACAUAAAGGUGAUGAGGCACCCGGAUCAUGUGUCAUCCAGCGUCUACCUGUGGGCUCAUCACGAGAAACUUGUCAUCAUAGAUCAGUCAAUAGCCUUCGUGGGUGGCAUUGACCUGGCCUACGGGAGAUGGGACGACAAUGAGCACAGGCUCACAGACGUGGGCAGUGUGAAGAGGAUCACCUCAGGGCCGUCUCUGGGCUCUCUCACAGCUGCAAUGACAGAGUCUAUGGAAUCCUUAAGCCUCAGAGGUAAAAACGAACCCAUUAAAGAUGGGCCUGUCCUGAAGAAUGUGAAUGAUGCUGAUUCCAAACUGAAAGGAAUCGGAAAGCCCAGAAAGUUCUCCAAAUUUAGCCUCUACCGACAGCUGUACAAACAUCACCUGCACAACACAGACAGCAUCAGCAGCGUCGACAGCGCCUCCAACACCGGCUCCAUCCGCAGCUUACAGACAGGUGUGGGGGAGCUGCAUGGGGAGACCCGGUUCUGGCACGGAAAGGACUACUGCAAUUUUGUCUUCAAAGACUGGGUUCAGCUGGACAAGCCUUUUGCUGAUUUCAUUGACAGGUACUCCACUCCCCGGAUGCCCUGGCAUGAUAUUAGCUCUGUGGUCCACGGGAAGGCGGCUCGCGAUGUUGCAAGACACUUCAUCCAACGCUGGAACUUCACAAAGAUUAUGAAACCAAAAUACCGGUCCCUUUCUUAUCCUUUUCUGCUUCCGAAGUCUCAAACCACAGCCCAUGAGCUGAGGUACCAGGUGCCUGGGGCUGUCCGCGCCACUGUGCAGUUGCUCCGCUCUGCUGCUGAUUGGUCUGCUGGUAUAAAGUACCAUGAAGAGUCCAUCCACUCUGCUUACAUCCAUGUGAUAGAGAACAGCAAGCACUACAUCUAUAUUGAAAACCAAUUUUUCAUAAGCUGUGCUGAUGACAAAGUCGUGUUCAACAAGGUGGGCGAUGCCAUUGCCCAGAGGAUCCUGAAGGCUCACAGGGAAGGCCAGAGAUACCGGGCAUACAUUAUAAUACCACUUUUGCCAGGCUUUGAAGGAGACAUUUCCACGGGUGGAGGAAACGCUCUGCAGGCAAUAAUGCACUUCAACUACAGAACUAUGUGCAGAGGAGAAAAUUCCAUCCUUGGACAGUUAAAACCAAUGCUUGGUAAUCAGUGGAUAAACUACAUUUCAUUCUGUGGUCUUAGAACACACGCAGAGCUAGAAGGAAAUCUAGUCACUGAACUUAUCUAUGUCCACAGCAAGCUGCUAAUUGCUGAUGAUAACACUGUCAUUAUUGAAAUAACAUGGUCAGCAAACUUCUUUGUCUCAGUUACUCAACUUGGAGGUUACUUAUAUUUCAGAGUUGUCCUUGGCUAUAUUUCUGACCCAAGUGAGGACAUUCAGGAUCCAGUGAGUGACAAAUUCUUCAAGGAGGUGUGGGUCUCAACAGCAGCUCGAAAUGCUACAAUUUAUGAUAAGGUGUUCCGGUGCCUUCCUAAUGACGAAGUACACAAUUUAAUGCAACUGAGAGACUUUAUAACCAAGCCUAUCUUAGCAAGGGAAGAUCCCAUUAGAGCUGAGGAAGAACUAAAAAAGAUCCGUGGGUUCUUGGUGCAAUUUCCCUUUUAUUUCCUUUCUGAAGAAAGCCUGCUGCCUUCUGUUGGAACCAAAGAAGCCAUAGUGCCCAUGGAGGUUUGGACUUAGCAGAUAGACACGUUUGCAACUCAAGGACUUCCAUUCUGAAGACCAUAUUGUACACAGUGACUUCCUGGGAUCUUACACCAAAGCCAGGCCUGAGACACUCUUAGGUCUAACACAUGGACCUUUUCCAAUGGCUGGGAAGGGCUGUGAUCAUACUGGUGUAAGAACAGUGAACGUCAGCAAGACUGCCUGUCCUUGCGCAAGGGGCUUCUUUCUUUUUGCCAGCAUGUACUGAACAACUUAAAACAUAUGAGCAAAUUCCACGAUACUUACCAAAAUUUCUUUCCUUUGCUAACAAGAAUCUACCUGUGCCGGUGGCUCACGCCUGUAAUCCUAACUACUCAGGAGGCAGAGAUCAGGAGG